AUGGCCCCUGGCUGGAGCACGGAAGGGUCCCUUGCGUGGAGGUCAGCGCGGCUCCUGCUCCUCGUCGUCUCCUCCUGUUGCGGAAACAGUGCUCUUGCAGAACAUUCAGAAAAUGUGCAUAUUUCAGAAUUGUCAACUGCUUGUGGAGAUAUUCCAGAACAAAUCAGAGGUCCAACAGGGAUAAUCACUAGCCCAGGCUGGCCUCUUGAAUAUCCUGUCAGAAUCAACUGUAGCUGGUAUAUUCGGGCAAACCCGGGGGAAGUUAUUACAAUAAGUUUUCAGGACUUUGAUGUUCAGGGAUCACGGCGAUGCAGUUCCGAUUGGCUAACGAUAGGGGCCUACAAAAACAUGGAAGGGUACAGAGCAUGCGGGUCUUCUAUUCCAUCUCCAUACAUCUCUUCACAAGACCAUGUUUGGAUCAGAUUUCACUCAGAUGAAAGUAUAUCUAGGAAAGGUUUCAGACUGACUUAUUUUGCAGGGAAAUCUAAUGAACCAAGCUGUGACUGUAACCAGUUCCAUUGUGCUAAUGGGAAAUGUAUUCCAGAAUCUUGGAAAUGUAAUAACAUGGAUGAAUGUGGAGACAAGUCUGAUGAAGAAACCUGUGCCAAAGCAAAUCCUCCAACUCCUCCUUCCUUCCAGCCAUGUGCAUACAACCAGUUUCAGUGUCUGUCUCGCCUCAAAGUUUAUACUUGCUUUCCAGAAUCCUUAAAAUGUGAUGGAAACAUUGACUGUCUAGACUUUGGAGAUGAAAUAGACUGCGAUGUCCCAACUUGCGGACAGUGGCUAAAAUAUUUUUAUGGUACUUUCAAUUCUCCUAAUUAUCCAGACUUUUACCCUCCAGGGAGCAAUUGCACUUGGCUGAUAGACACUGGGGAUCAUCGCAAAGUUAUCUUGCGUUUCACUGACUUUAAACUUGAUGGUACAGGUUACGGGGACUAUGUCAAAAUAUACGAUGGACUGGAAGAGAAUCCUCGCAAAUUGUUGCGUGUUCUAACUGCAUUUGACUCACAUGCCCCUCUUACGGUUGUUUCUUCUUCUGGUCAAAUCAGAGUGCAUUUUUGUGCUGAUAAGGUGAAUGCUGCUAGAGGAUUCAAUGCUACUUAUCAAGUAGAUGGCUUCUGUCUUCCGUGGGAAAUCCCAUGUGGCGGAAACUGGGGUUGUUACACAGAACAACAGCGCUGCGAUGGCUAUUGGCAUUGCCCAAAUGGAAGAGACGAAACCAACUGCACCAUGUGCCAAAAAGAAGAAUUCCCUUGUUCUCGGAAUGGUGCCUGCUACCCACGUUCUGACCGCUGCAACUACCAGAAUCACUGCCCAAAUGGUUCUGAUGAAAAGAAUUGCUUCUUUUGCCAGCCAGGAAACUUCCACUGCAAAAAUAACCGAUGUGUGUUUGAAAGCUGGGUCUGCGAUUCUCAAGACGACUGCGGAGAUGGCAGUGAUGAAGAGAAUUGCCCAGUGAUUGUGCCCACCAGAGUAAUAACAGCUGCUGUCAUUGGUAGCCUUAUUUGUGGGCUUCUGCUUGUCAUCGCUUUGGGAUGCACUUGUAAGCUGUAUUCGUUAAGAAUGUUUGAACGAAGAUCAUUUGAGACGCAGUUGUCAAGGGUUGAAGCUGAGUUGUUAAGAAGAGAAGCACCUCCUUCUUAUGGACAGUUGAUUGCUCAGGGCUUAAUUCCACCUGUUGAAGACUUCCCUGUUUGUUCACCAAAUCAGGCUUCAGUUUUAGAAAAUUUGAGACUAGCAGUGCGAUCUCAGCUUGGGUUUACCUCAAUUAGGCUUCCAAUUGCUGGACGGUCAACCAAUAUUUGGAACCGAAUCUUUAAUUUUGCAAGAUCUCGUCAUUCUGGGUCCCUGGCGUUAGUUUCAUCAGAUGGGGAUGAUAUUACCAGUCAGAAUGCUAACAGAGAAGCGGAAAGAAAUGGCUCUCACCGAAGUCUGUUUUCAGUGGAGUCUGAUGAUACAGACACAGAAACCGAACGAAGAGACACUGCGGGUGCAGUUGGUGGCAUUGCUGCUACUUUGCCUCAAAAGGUCCCUCCCGCGACAGCCGUGGAAGCCACUGUAGUCUGUGGAACUUCCUCAGUUCAGAAUACCAGCAGUAGUACAGAUAGCGGAAGGGAAGCAGCUAGUGCGGAACACCCAAUUUCAAGUCCUGGACGCCAUCAGUUUUCUAGUGCACUAAGUCGCAUGACUCAAGGGUUACGUUGGGUACGCUUCACUUUAGGGAGAUCGAGUUCAGCAAAUCAGAACCAAAGUCCUUUGAGACAGCUUGAUAACGGGGUGGCUGGAGGAAGACAUGAAGACGACGAUGUUGAAAUGCUAAUUCCAGUUUCUGAUGUAGCAUCGGACUUUGACGCGAAUGACUGCUCAAGACCUCUACUUGAUCUCACCUCAGAACAAGGACAAGGGCUCCAACAGCCUUAUAGCACGACACAUAACGGGACACGGUCCUGUAAUCGAGAUGGUCCCUGUGAGCACUGUGGGAUGGUACAUACUGCUCAGAUACCUGACACUUGCUUAGAAGCAACACUGAAAAAUGAAACUAGCGAUGAUGAGGCUUUGCUACUUUGUUAGGAGUAUGGAUUGAAUGGGUGGAGUUGUAUGCAAGUUGGAGCAAUAUUGGUGAUUGUUUUGUACUUCGUAAUUCAAGAAAAAGGGGGGG